UUCCGCAAUCUCUUUGCUCAGCUUUCCUCGGCGAAAAAUCCAAUGCCCGUCAAAGAAGCAAAAUCCUAGAAUCACGAAAUCCUGGAGUUCUCAGCUUCUUUCUCCCAAUUUCAGCUCUCUCUCUCUCUCUCUCUGAAGGUGAUUGUAUAUGAUGGGAUUCUUAUUGUAUAGAGGAACUGAAGUGGAAAUAUUGAUUUCGACAGCUAUUGAAUUCUUAGAGUGAUUUUUGUAGAAAGAGGUUUCUAGCUCGUGGGGUGAAACUAUAAUACCAGGUUGUAUUGUGAAUAUCGCAAUAUUGUCUUUUUGAAUUUUGAUAUUGGGUAAUUAUUAUUUUGAGGGGACGGAAUCAAACGUGAAAAGAGAGGUAGAGGUGCAUCAUGGGAUCUGCGUGCUGCUGUUUGCGAGUGGAGGAUUUCGAUGAAUAUGUAAAUUCUAAUACCGCUAUUUACAGACAUUGUAUCUGCUUCAGAUGCUUUGUUCAGCAGUUCCUUGGUGUGUACUCAGCAAUAUUCCGAAGGGCAGAAGUACAUGCGCUUCCUUCCUCCAUUCCGGGGGUGACUCAUUUGGGUUCUUCAGGACUAGCCACACCUUCACCUGACAUACCUGACACCUUCCAUUCUCCUCCAAGGCCUUUGCCUUAUGAUGCGGAUCCAAGAUGUUCUCGCUUACAGCGUGGGCUGGUCUUAAGGCGUGAGAAGGCCUCAAGUCAUUUCCACGAGGAAUCUGAACCACUUAGAACGAGUGACAGUAAUUCUGGCCUAGGAGCAUUAGGUGCUGCAGACAAAUUGAAUGGGUCUGAUCAUGAAGGAGGAUUGAAAGUAUGCCGUUCUGGUUACACAUCGGCGAAGGUGACAAGUGUAGAAGCGUAUAUGCUGUCUUCUUCAGAAGAUGAAGAUGUCUGCCCCACAUGCCUUGAAGAAUACACUCCUGAAAACCCCAAGAUAAUGACUCAAUGCUCUCAUCAUUUCCACCUCGGUUGUAUAUAUGAAUGGAUGGAGAGAAGCGAGACAUGUCCAGUAUGUGGCAAGGUGAUGUUGUUCGACGAAACGACAUGAUCUUCUUGAGAAAUUCCAGCUGCCAUUCAAGUUGGAGGGCAGCAUACAUACUGUAAAGUCCUUGUGAAUACACGGUUUUCAGCAAGCUCAAGGGAGGGUUGUGCAUAUGACAGUCAGAAGUAUACAUACGCGCUUGCGCUUUCACCACAUAAUUCGCUUAGAUGGGUUUUCUAGUUUCAAUUAAGUUCAUUUACAGUAGGAUUGAAAGCUCUUGGAAUAGGAGAAGAUUGCUAAGCCUGUGAGUGCACAGAGUCCUGCUCAUCCACACACAUGGAAAUAUGGCACAUGUACGAGGUUCGAGCUUUGGGUCAGGUGGGACACAGAUUAGAUAUUGUGGACUAGAAAUCUGGCUGUUUCGCAUGUCUAGCGAGCCAAUUUUUAUGAAACAAAUGGAAGGCUAAGGGCAUGUUUGGGUGCCACUUAAGAAUGAGUUAAAUCACAUUGUAGUUUGUAGUUUAAGAGGUCACAGUUUUCCGUUAAAUCCAUACUGUGAAAUUGAUCUCUAAUAUGUGAUUAUCAUCAUUAAAAUGAGAUGAACUCAUUUUUAAGUUGCACCCAUACAGGCAGUAAGACUUCUUUACCACCCAUCUAUUUGUUUGUACACUCGCUGGGAAUCUUAAAUGGUGUGGCCCACCUGAUUAAAUGCUUGGGUCUUUCUCUUGUGUGCUGUAUUGGCAUGUCGUGUAUGGAUGGGCAGGCUCCAAAAGUGUCUGGGAUUAGCAAACCUCUGGAUAGAAAGACAAAUGAUGCCAGAUGUGGAGAUUGUGCAUGUUUUCUCCCUUUGGUUUCUCUCUUUAAGCAGACAAGUAUUCUCACAUGGUGUCUAUGAUUGUCCCAAAACAUUGCUGCAAUUGGAUGUUUUGAUCAGGGAAUCCUUUGAUCAUUGAAAUUACUUGUGUAUUCAUUGAUUUU